AUGGUUGUGAGAUCUUUGAUUUAUGGGGUUAUCGACAGAGUCCCAGUUGUCAACAAUAUCAAUCGAUUUAUCCAAGAACGACUGCUGGUAUCGGACGUAUCAAGUACUAGCUCUUCGUCAAAUAGUGACUUGGAGUCUGAUGACGCAACAGAAGAAGAAUAUUUACAAGAAGUUGUACUCCCACAGUCACCAAAGCAAAAGAUUCAUGCAAAAAUCAUUAAAAACAGAGCAACUUCACCUUCACCAGUACCAAAUGAGCGAGGAGAACUAAGUGUACUAUUCGACUCUCCAACAAAAUCUAAAGUAUCUGCGAUUGACAAGAGUCAUAUUAAACCAGUUUCUGCUAGAUUGUCAAAACGCAAUAUUGAGAAAGUUGACAAAAUCGAAGCUCCAGAUUUGAAUACUUUGACCAGUCCUACUUUGGUUGACGAUAGUGAUCUGUCAUUGACUCCGAAGCAAAUUGGGUUUGCGUCAUUUGGUGCAUACGAGAGCGGGUCAACAAAAGAAGCCAGGAAAAUUCACGUUGAACAAUAUGUAAAUGAUCAGAAUAACAAGUUUAACGAGUUGAUCUCCAACAACUUAGAAGCAGUGUUGAAGGAGGAUAAAACAGAUGAUGAGGAACAGGAAAAUAUUGUGUUCAACUACAACAAAGAUUCGAAUCCUGGUGUUGCAUUGUUAUCGAUGAUGUAUGACAAUCGAAGAGUCAUAGCGUCUUCCGUCUACAAGUAUGGAAAACAACAAGUAUUUUCACGAUUGCCGUACAUUCCAUUAAUCAACCCCAAGCAGCAAGUAUCGCAAGAUGAGACCGAUCAAUACCUUAUUGGAGGUAAACGAGAGAACCAGAACUUGUCGAGUCCAUUUGCAUCGCCAAUUUUAGGAAGAGCUUUGAUGACACUUGAUAAUUCACAAUCAGCGGCCAGGUCAGACCAGCAAGACGAGGAGAUUAGUGUGGACUUGAGCCAGCAAGAUGUUGUAGAUCAAAGAAAAUUUGAUCAGCUCAUGUCCAAUCUAGACGAUGAGGUUAAAAUAGACAUCUUUUUGGAUUCUUUGGAUGAAAAGACUAAAAUCAACUUGUUGCAUCUGUUGCGCAAAGAUUUAAACAUGUACAAUCAGCAAGAUGCAAAGCUAUCACCUCAAGCAGCAGUUCACAAUCUAUACUACAAUGAAAACAUCUCCACCAUAGACAAGAUCCAAAUUUUCAUCAUCAUAUCAGUCAAGUUGUUCAUUACCGGGAUCAAACUUUUCAUUCCAAUCACCAAAUAUUUCAUACACAAGUUUCAACAAAAUCAAAUGUACAUAUUCAAUGCCAAAAACAUGAAUAAAUUUUUCAACUUUUUGAUUAAAUUUAUGAAUUAUCUUGAUUUGAAAUUGAAUGAUAAUGAACAAUUGAUUGAUCAAUUGUCCAAGCAGGAUUAUGUCAAGACUGAAGAAAACAUUGAAGAAAUGUUCAAUGAGUUCAAUGAAAGGACAAAGCUGUAUUUUAAGCCAAAGUAUUUAAAGGAGAAAUUUAUUGCCAAAGAUGAUCAUGUCAAACGCAGUGUGUAUGACAUGGUUGUAAAGAAUUUCCUCAGCGAGGGGGAUGAGGAAGAAGGAGAUGAUGACGAUUACGAGGGCAAGGUAGUGAGGCAUUACCAGGAAGAUCCCAAUUACGCAAUGUACUUCACUGGUAGAUCAAUUGAUUCAUCUGCUAGAGAAAGUGAAAGUGGAAGUUUCAUUGAAGAAGAGGAUGAGGUGGACAUUUAUGAAGAAGAGGAAGAAGAUAAUGAAGCUUAUGCUACUGCUGCGAGUAAAAGGACAAGUACGUUCUCUGAUACUAGCAGAAGAUCAAGUUUCACACGUCGAAGAAGGAGAAAACCACACGCCAAAUGCUAA